CGUCAAUCGCAGUCAGUCGCAUUGCGUUCGUUAUGGCGGUAGUUUAAGUUUUACCGUCGCCGUUCUUCCAAAACUUUCUUAAUCAAUUUCACAUUCUGCUGCAGUGCCAGUGACUGUGAAAGAAUUCAGCCUACGCACAUUAACCCCAUAAUUUCGUCUUUUUUCCUCGCACAUCUCGUUCGUAGAAACGCAAGAAGUCGUAAGAUCAAGCGCAGUUCCUAGUUUGUAGUGAAAGUGUUCACAUUCCUUGACCCAAUUGGAGUAUCUCUCAGAUUUUCACGUCCCUUCUUCCAUCGUUAUUUCUCGAACUUGAUGUCUUGUACCUAUCAACACCUAAUACAUUCCAUAGUUUAACGCUCGACUAUACCUGGUGUACAGAACGUAAUAAUGAACGACGAUAAAAAAUGUGAUGUAAUCCGAGUUGGGUCUCGGAAAAGCGAGUUGGCCUUGAUACAAACUAAACACGUAAUACAAUGUUUGAAAGAAAUUCACCCCAAAAAAGAAUUUAAAAUAGUAACGAUGAAUACUAAAGGGGAUAAGAUUUUGGACAAGUCUUUACCAAAGAUCGGGGAGAAGUCCCUAUUUACCGAGGAGUUGGAACUAGCUUUAGAAAAUGGUAGCGUUGAUUUCGUUGUGCAUUCAUUGAAAGAUUUGUCAACAACACUGCCGACAGGAAUGGCUCUAGGGGCAAUAUUAAAACGUGAGGAUCCACGCGACGCAGUGGUCAUGUCGAAGAAAUUCAAAGAUAAAACAUUAACUACAUUGCCGAAAGAUAGUGUAAUAGGUACUAGCUCUUUACGUAGAUCCGCUCAAUUAUCACGGAACAUGCCGCACUUAAAGGUAGAGAACAUUCGCGGUAACUUAAACACUAGAUUAAAAAAAUUAAACGAUGAAAAUGGUCCCUACGCCGCGAUCAUAUUAGCUGCUGCUGGUUUAAAACGGAUGGGCUGGGAAGACAAGAUAAGUCAGUUUUUAGAACCCGAGGAAGCCCUUUAUGCUAUCGGUCAGGGUGCAUUGGGUGUUGAAUGUCGAGAGUCAGAUUGGAAAAUACGUUCAAUUUUGGAACCAUUGUUUGAUUUAGAAACCACAUUGACAUGCGUGUGCGAGCGUUCAUUUCUAAAAACCCUUGGUGGCGGAUGUUCCGCACCAGUCGCAGUAUCUUCAUCUUUGAAGAAGACCGAGUUAAUGAUUACCGGUGCUGUAUGGUCUCUAGAUGGUCAAACUCUGAUUACAGAUACUUCUAAAAGCAAGUUGUAUUUACCCAACGACGAUGGUGAGCCCCCUCGGAAAUGUCCAUAUCAGGAACCCCGCCUUUAUUGCAGCGUUAUUCCUAGUUAUAAAAUAAGUAGUAUAAGUCUUCUUGGUGCAGAACUCCUUGGUAAAGAUUUGGCCAAAAGUCUUAUAAAGAAAAAUGCUCUCGAUGUAAUGUCACAAGCCAGAAAUGAAAUUUUAGAUUCAAAAUAAUUGUGUCAAAUAUGAUCCUGGUUGAAAAUGUAUAGAGGAUGUGUAUUAAUGUAAAAUAACAAUUAAUUAUUAAUAAGUUCCCAAUCUUAACGUCUUACCACUGUAAAUC